AUGGCAGAUACAGCUAUUGAAACGGCGCCCACUGAUGAAAACGACGAUAAUUGGUUAUAUGGAGAAUCAACUACGGAUCAAGGUGAAAACGAGAAUUCGGAAGUCAAUGAUAAAGAGCAGCGGCCGUCAGAAACAGCAGGAGAAGCUGGGGAUGGAGAGGAGAAGGAACAAGAUGACAAUGAUGGAAAUGAUGAAGACCCCCAAUUCAAUGAUGAGCACUUUGCCGAAGUUGACCGGGAUCAGGCCAAUGGUGAUGCAGACAGUCAAGAAAAUGCAGACUCAGAUUCUGAUGACAGUGAUGAUGUAAAAGUGACUAUUGGUGAAAUAAAAUCAGGCCCACAGUAUGCUAGUUUAAAUAUAAAACGUGGAGUUGGUCUAGUGGCUUCAGGAGCUACUGAAAAGCCACGUGGAGGCACAACAACGGGCAGUAAAGUAACCUUAGAGGACUUAGAAGGACCAGGCAGUAUAAAUGGGGUGCCAGCUUUAGAAUUUAACAUUGAUACUAUUGAAGACAAGCCUUGGAAUAAGCCUGGAGCAGAUAUAUCUGACUACUUCAACUACGGGUUCAACGAGGUGACGUGGAGCGCGUACUGCGAGCGGCAGCGGCGCCUGCGCGUGAGCGAGGCGGGCGUGGGGCUGCACGUGCCGCCGCCGCAGCGCGCACCGCCGCACGACAUGCGCCGCGCCGCCGGUCCAAUGAGGAACGACGAAAAUAUGCAACAAGUAAUGACAAAUAAUUAUCAAGCAAGAGAAAACACUAUACAGGUGAUGACGGCGGAGCGGCGUGAAUACGGGCGCGGUGGGCACGUGCGCGAGCCGCCGCCGCCGGACUACUUCGCCGCGCCGCCGCCAGAACACUACUACCCGCCGCCGCACGCCCCAUACGAGGAGCCCUGGGGGCACCCGGAGGCGGGCGGGUGGGCGCCGAGCGAGAUCAAGGAGCUGACGCCGGGCCCGCUGGCCAUGGGCCCGCCGCCGCCGAACCUGGCGCCACCGCACGCGCCCGCGCCCUUCCCGCCGCCCUACCGCACGCACCCGCACGCUCACCCCCACCCGCACCCGUACGAGCGCGAGCGCGAGCGGGACAGAGAGCGCGAGCGCGAGCGGGACCGCGAGCGCGGCCGCGACGACCGAGACCGACGCGAGCGUGACAGGCGCGAGGAGGAAGAAAGAGAAAGAGAAAUGGAGCGUGAACGGGAGCGUGAACGUGAACGUUCGCGGUCCAUGAAACCAGAUAGAGUACGAGAAAAAUCAUACCGACGAGAAAGAUCACGGUCAAGAUCGCGUCGUCACAAGUCGCGGUCUCGGUCUCCACGACUACGUGAAAGGUCGCGCGAGCGAGACCGCUCUAGAGAACGCGAACGAGGCCAGGAACGCCCCCGCGACAGGGAGCGCGAACGCAGCACGAAGCCCAAGUCGAAGGAGCCAAAAGACAAAGACGAAGAUAAAUAG